GAAUUCAGGAACAUGGAUUUGGGAUUCAGGGAGAUGGAUUUGGGGGAAGGGGACAUGGAUUCAGGGAUCAGGGACAUGGAUUUGAGAUUCAGGGACAUGAAUUUGGGGUCAGGGACAUGGAUUUGGGAGGAAAGGAUUGAUUUGGGACUAAGGGAUGUGGAUUUGAAAAGCAUGGACAGGGGUUUGGGAUUCAGGGAUGUGGAUUCAGGGAUCAGGGACAGGGAUUUGGGAUUCAGGGACAUGGAUUCGGUGGUCAGGGACAUGGAUUUGGGGGUCAGGGAUGUGGAUUUAGGGGUCAGGGGCAGGGAUCUGGAGGUCAGGGAUGUGGAUUUGGAAUUCAGGGACAUAGAUUCAGGGAUCAGGGACAUAGAUUUGGGAUUCAGGGACAUGGAUUUGAGGAUCAGGGACACGGAUUCAGUGAUCAGGGACAUGGAUUCAGUGAUCAGGGAUGUGGAUUCGGGGAUCAGGGACAUGGAUUUGGGAAGCAGGGACAUGGAUUUGGGGGUCAGGGACAUAGAUUUGAGAUUCAGGGACAUGGAUUCAGUGAUCAGGGACAUGGAUUCAGGAUUGAUUCCCUGCUCCAGCCCCCGGGGAGCUCCUCCCUGCUCGGUGGGACCUCAGCAUCCCUCAGGAGCCCGCACAGAUGAGGCAAUGCCGCUGUCCCAGCCCAGCCCAGCCAGCAUCGAGCCUUUUUUGGGAUUUUUUUGGCCGGGGCUGGCUCUGCCCUUCAGAGCCGCGUCCCAAAAGUCAGAGCAGGCAGCAGCGCCGGGAGCGGCUGCAAGGACAGCAGGAAAUUUUGGCAGCACCGAGGCCCGGUGUCUGCGUGAGCUGCUGAGGCGGCUCCGGAGCCGCAGCGCGGAUGGGGAGGCGCUGACAGAAUCCCUUUCACCAUGGAGCUGCCCAGCACCAAAGAGUUCCAGUGGAAAUCCCUGGCGCCGCUGCCCAGCCGCAGGGUUUACUCCACGCUGGUGGAGGCGGCCGGGCAGGUGUUCGCCGUGGGCGGCUGCGAUGACAACGGCGUCCCCGUGGAUUCCUUCGAGGUUUACAGCCCCGAGGCCGACCAGUGGGCAGCGCUGCCCCCCAUGCCCACAGCCAGGGCUGGCGUGGCCGUGGCCGUGCUGGGCAAGAGGAUCAUGGUGAUUGGAGGCGUUGGGGGCAACCAGCAGCCGCUGAAGGUGGUGGAGAUGUACAACACGGACGAGGGGCGCUGGAGGAAGCGCAGCUCGCUCAGAGAGGCUGCCAUGGGCAUCUCAGUCACGGCCAAAGAUUACAGGGUGUACGCAGCGGGCGGGAUGGGCUCGGACCUGCGGCCCCACAACUUCCUGCAGCACUAUGACGUGCUCAAGGACAUCUGGGUGUCCCUGGCUGCCAUGCCCACGCCCCGCUACGCGGCCACGUCCAUCCUGAGGGGCUCCAAGAUCUACGUGCUGGGGGGAAGGCAGUCCAAGUACGCCGUCAGCGCCUUCGAGGUGUUCGACACGGACACGCGCUCCUGGGCCAGGUUCCCCAACAUCCCCAGCAAGAGAGCCUUCUCCUGCUUCGUGCCCGCCGGAGAGAAACUCUUCAGCCUCGGGGGGCUGCGCCAGGGCCGGCUCUACCGGCAGCCCAAGUUCAUGAGGACCGUGGAUGUGUUCGACCUGGAGCAAGGUGGCUGGCUGAGGACAGAGCGCUCGUGUUUCCUGAAGAAGAGACGCGCAGACUUCGUGGCCGGCGUCCUGCGGGGCAGGGUGGUGGUGGCCGGGGGCCUGGGGAAUCAGCCGAGCGUGCUGGAGUCGGCGGAGGCGUUCCACCCGGACAAGAACAAGUGGGAGAGCCUCCCCCCCAUGCCCACCCCGCGCUGCGCCUGCUCCAGCAUCGCCCUGCGGGAUUGUCUGCUGGCCGUGGGCGGCGUCAGCCAGGGGCUCAGCACGGCCGUGGAGGCGCUGUGCCUCUCGGAUUCCUGAGUGGAACCGUCCUGGAGGAGAAUCCAACCUGGGACAGGUCCUGUGCUUCUGAUUCCUGAGUGGAACUGUCCUGGAGGAGAAUCCAACCUGGGACAGGUCCUGUGCCUGUCGGAUUCCUGAGUGGAGCUGUCCUGGGACACGUCCUGUGCUUCUGAUUCCUGACUGGAACCGUCCUAGAGGAGAAUCCAACCUGGGACAGGGUCCUGUGCCUGUCGGAUUCCUCACUGGAACCAUCCUGGUAUAGGUCCCUGUGCCUGUCAGAUUCCUGACUGGAGUCCUGGAGGAGAAUCCCACCUGGGACAGGGCCCUGUGCCUCUGAUUCCUGACUGGAACCAUCUUGGAGGGGGAUCCUACAUGGAACAGGUCCCUGUGCCUGUAGGAUUCCUGACUGGAGUCCUGGAGGAGAAUCCCACCUCAAACAGGUCCCUGUGCCUCUGAUUCCUGACUGGAACCAUCCUGGGAUAGGUCCCUGUGUCUCUGAUU